UGAAUGGUGGAAUGUGGAAAACGAAGAGAGCUUUUCGCGGGCCGAGCAGUGCCUUGUUCAACAGUACAUCGAAUCAACCAAAUUGGACGCUUCGCAAGAAGAAGCUAAAGCAAUGGCUGCCCAAGUGAUGAACCAAAAUUUCAUACUGGCGCCGUCAUUCCAGGCCUUCAAGUACAGUCUCGAAGGAUCACGUUAUAGCAUGUCCAACUUCAGCCUGCACCAGAAUUUUCCAGCCGAUAGCAAACAUGUGUUCUAUGCAGCGCAUAUGAUGGCUCUCUGCGACGAGACUGACACAGCACAAAACUCGUUUAUUUAUCGUAUGUUCAACGAAGAGCUCUCCGAUUUCUACAGGCACAACGUGCCCUUCUACAACUUUCCGGAAUACGAAGACCAAGUUUCGAACUGUGAGCCAGCUCAAGCCAAUGAGUUGUCGAAGAUUCGACACUGUCGAAUAUGGAACACAUAUUGAGAAAGA